UUUUGUCGCUAUCGAAGAAGCAUCAUCAUCAAAAGUUUGUUCCUUCGGUAAAGAGUUUGAGGAUUUCUUCGGCAAGGAAUGCUUCUAGGACAUCGAGGUUGAUCGAUGCAGCUACUAAAAUAUUGGAGCCAGGGUUGCAAGCAACAAAUCGAGCGAAAUAUUCUCUUGCUUAUUCGAGUAAGAAUGUGGCUGCGACUGAGGGAAUUCAGGUUGUGUCACCAGAUGUGUUGGAACAAUCUGCAUGUAAUAUUAGUAUUGGUAAGUCUUUGAUUGGCCCGACAUCAUGCAAGAACUGUGGCAAUUUGCUUGACGUUGUGGAGUCUAGAGCAAAGUCAGAGGAUCAGCCAAUUGUUAUUCCUUCCUCUGCACCGAAUUUUACUGAUGUUUCUUUGCAGGGAUUAGAAAAGAAAUGGCCGAGGCCUUCCCCGACCUUGUUUGAUCAAGGGAAAGAGGGAAUUUUUCAGAGAAGCCACGACCAACCAUUAUCUUUUACUAGCCAAGAAGAUAACAGUGUACAAUCAAGUAAUGAUUCUGAUACAUUUAGAAGUCCUCUAUCUCAAGAAGCUCAAGCUCAAUGGCAUUUAACAGGCCAAUCUGGCAAAUCCCAAAGGAAUGAGAAGUCUCAUGUUGCUAACAAGCUGAGGAAUCAAAGUCAUAAUCAUAUAUCACUAGACACGGAUAGAAUCCCAGCGAAGGCUAAAUUAAAUAAUCUUCCGAGUAGGAAAGGUGUUUCCAGCACAAAUGCUGUUAGCAGAGCCAAAGAUUUUGUUGCGCUGAACCGAAGUUCAAGUAGUCGAACCCAACAUAGAGUGCCAAGCAAAGUGGAUAGUGCUCCUAUUGAAAUCGAGAGAAAUUCCUGCAGGGGCCUAGAUGACUCCUUGUCUCAUCUACGGUCUACAGUAAGAAAGAGGAGGACCAAUAGUGUUAAUGGGCAAGCAGAAACUACUGGUUUCAUCAAUUCAGCUAUUGGUAAAGAAAAAAAUGAUAAAUACAAUCCGGUGACUAGACGAGAAAUGGUACAUGGAGCUUGCAGCAUGGACCGGACAUGUGUUAAAAGCAGAUCAACGAGCCAAAGAACUGGUAAGGGAGCCAUGGAUAAAAAGGAUACCAAUAUUAUUUCUUUCACAUUCAGUUCUCCAUUAAAGCAAAAGCACGGAUUUUCCAUGGAAUUGAAGGAGCAAAGAAAGAACCCAAAUGAAAGCAUUGUCCUCCAAAGACGUGAAAUAUUGGAGAACAAUUACGGAGAAAUAUCUUUGCCGAAGAACUUGCCGCUGACAGAAGAUGAUUUAAGUGCACUUUUGAAACAAAAGUUGAAGGAAUUGACUUCUCAAGAGGAGGAUGAACGAAAAACUGGUUGCACCCUACCGAAGAGAUCAACUGCCAUAAUUCUCCAGGAGUUAAUUUCUGCUUUAACAUCAGGACAGCCUAACUCUCGGAGUGGUCACCUUUUCAGUUCAGAUAUCGGUUUCCAGACUGAAGCAAAGGCUGAAACUUCAGUAGGAUUUGCCAACCACGGUAAUCAUUUUAGCCCUGGUUCUGUUCUUGAAGCUUCAUUUUCGAACGACAGUUUUGUUACCAGCAGCCUCAAUGAAAGCUUAGGACAUAGGUUACAACCGGAUUCCACGGAUUUCUCGUAUGAUGAACAACAUCAAACGGAACUUGAUGUGGAUAUUCUGGAUUCUGUAACUUCAUUGGACAAUGAAACAACUGUUAAUGAGAUGAUCAUUGAUCUUGUCAACCGAAUUUCUGCAAUGUUUAAUGUUGUCAGUAAUUUUGGUCUCGCUUUAUCUGGUGACAAGCUUAUCCAUGCUAAAGAGGUUAUCCUGAAAGCAGAAUUGUUGUUUGGAAAUUCGAGUAGGACAGAUGAUUUUCUCCUGGCUCCUUGUAUAUACGAUGAAGUCGAGACUCUUGUCACUAUCAUGCAGGUAGAUUUCAAGUCUGUUCUUGGUAUCGAUCAACUCAAAGAAAACAAUCAGCUUCGAGGAUUUCUGUUCGACUGUGCAAUAGAGUGUAUAGAUUCCAAAUAUGGUCCAUAUUGUAACUCGGGAUUCAGACCUUGGAGAAGUUUACCAUAUUGCAUGAACUCAGGAAAGCUGAUUCGAGAUGUUGCAGUCGAAGUUAAAAGGUGGAUAAGACUAGUUGGGAUGGUACCUGUUGAACUUAUAGAAUAUGAGAUGAGUUAUUCACUGGGGAAAUGGACAGAUUUCGAUAUCGAGGCAUACGAAACUGGUAUUGAAAUUGAUUGGGAUAUACUUCAAAACACAAUCAACGAAAUUGUCAACGACCUGAUUUCCCCACAAAUUGCAUACAGUCCCUGUGAUCUGUGAGUAUCUUGUAUAUCAUGUUAACAUGCAAUCGGUAAAUUAUAGUUUUGAAUUCUGAUCAAGACCAAGGUGGUGAAUUUCUGUAAAAGAUGGAUCUAAGUUGCCCUUUAUUUACUUGAAAUAUUCGUCUUCAACACAAUAUUCGGACAUGGGUUCGGGGAUAUAACUGUGGA